CAGAUAAAUUUUGGACGUCAGUGGCUGAAUAAAAUCAAGAUGAUUCGCACUGUGAAAAGGCAUAACGCAGUUAUAAAGGCCGCGAGAUGAAAACUCGCGAGGCCUAUUUCGACGUUCCUCGUGCUACGUUUCACUUAAAAUCUUGAAGUGACGUGUCUUCAGAAGCCUGAAGGAUGUCUUUGGGGCAACGUAUUUCCGGCGCGGUUGCAGUUCUCCGGGGAACCUCGACGGAGGCCAAGGAGAGCGGCAGUCAUACGUCGUGCGUAGAGGAAAUCGAGAAGAUGACAUCCGAGGAAGAAAUCGAGGCCGAAGCGCAGCACAAAGUGACGGCGCUUGAUAGGUUACAGAUGGUGAUAGAAUGGAUGGGAAGUAAUUUGCUUCUGGCACUAACCAUCGCUGGAGUUUUGAUGGGUCUAGUUCUCGGGUUUCUGGGUCGAUUGGCAGAUUUUACACCGCAAUCUAUAACCCUCGUCAGCUUCCCGGGAGAGCUUCUUAUGCGGAUGUUGAAGAUGUUUAUCUUGCCACUCAUCAUCUCAUCGUUAAUAUCCGGAAUGGCACAGCUGGAUGUUCAAAGGUCAGGAAGGAUAGGAUUCAGAGCAUUAACGUACUACUCAAUAACAACCAUUCUCGCCGCUAUAGUGGGCAUCGCGAUGGUGCUGAUGAUUCAUCCGGGUAAUCCGCAAAUCAAAACUUCGGCUGCGGCGGUGGUGAAAGCCGAGGAGACAAAAGUUUCUACUGUAGACGCAAUUCUCGAUAUAAUUCGAAACAUGGUGCCGGAGAACCUGGUGCAAGCGUGCUUCCAGCAGGUUCAGACCUCCUACGUGAAGAAAAAGGUGGUCAUGAUUGGUAGCGCGAAUCAAAGCGAAUACAUAGUGGAGCCGAUCUUGGUUUACAAGGACGGCACGAAUGUGAUGGGUAUGAUCGUGUUUUGCAUCAUCUUCGGUGUGCUCGCGGGACAGAUAGGACCACGCGGCAAACUGAUGGUGGACUUUUUCGUCGUGUUGAAUGAGAUUAUUAUGAAACUCGUCACGAUCGUCGUUGUUUGGUAUUCUCCGUUCGGAAUUAUGUGUCUGAUAGCUGGAAAAAUCAUGUCAAUUACAAAUCUGGCGGCAACCGCUCAGAUGUUGGGUCUGUAUAUGGUAACCGUUGUAUUAGGCUUGAUGAUUCACGCAAUCAUCACGCUGCCACUGAUCUACUGGUUUAUGACCCGAAAGAAUCCAGCAGUGUUCUUUAGAGGUAUGAUGCAAGCCUGGGUGACAGCGCUGGGAACCGCUUCGAGCGCUGCAACCUUGCCAUUGACUUUCCGUUGUCUCGAAGAAAAUAACAAGAUCGAUCCGCGAGUGACGCGUUUUGUUGUGGCAGUCGGUGCCACGGUAAAUAUGGAUGGGACAGCUCUUUAUGAAGCCGUGGCCGCAAUCUUCAUAGCACAAUUGAAUGGAAUCUCUUUGGGAUUCGUUGAAGUCAUUACUGUCAGUCUUACGGCUACUUUGGCGAGCGUUGGAGCUGCAAGUAUUCCCAGCGCAGCCCUAGUCACCAUGCUAUUGGUGCUGACUGCCUUAGGUCUCCCUACGAACGAUAUUUCUCUGUUAUUCGCUAUCGACUGGAUGUUAGAUCGGAUCAGGACUUCGAUCAACGUUUUGGGCGACGGUUACGGGGCUGGAAUAGUUUAUCACUUAAGCAAAGCGGAACUAGACAAGAUGGACGAGGAGAGGAGACUGGAGAGUUUGGAAACUGGAAAGCCUCUUGAAAUCGCCGCCGAGAGCUUUCGAGAAGAGCCAGGAGUACAUGAACAAACUUCCGAGACGAAAAUCUGAGGUCUUUCUACAGAUUUCAGCAAAGUCAUGACGCUGUUUCGCUAAUUUUCGUCUCUGCCAUGUAGAUUAACUUUUUAAUCACGAUUUAACGCUACUUACCUUUUUCUAAUUCUCGGAAC